AUGUCUUUCAGCGGACGCAAGUUCUCUAUCAACCGCCACACUGGCGAGCCCAAGCCUCUCGCUCGUCGUUUUAGUACGACUGAGCCUUCGAUGAACGAGUUCCAAUCCAAGGUUCAUCGUCAAUUCCGAAAUGCUCACGAGGGUCACAUGCCCCACGCUGGUCUCGACGCCAGUCGAUCAUCCACUGGUGUUAUCUGGUGCACAGAGCGAGCCGCCGAGUAUGGCUACCUUGAAGAGCCCGAGACCUGGGCCAACCUUGGUCAAGGUGCCCCCGAAGUCGAGGACGAUAUUGAGGGUUGCUUCCCUCGUCCCGAGACCAUCAACAUCUCCAUGGCUGGUCGAGAGUACGGUCCUACAGCCGGUAUCAAGCCCCUGAGAGAGGCUGUCGCCAAGCUAUACAACCAUGAUCACCGACAGGGCAAGAGCAGUCAGUAUACCUGGGAGAACGUUGCUAUCGUUCCCGGUGGUCGUGCUGGUCUGAUCCGUAUCGCUGCCGUCCUCGGAAACUCGUACCUGUCUUUCUUCUUGCCAGACUACACGGCUUACAACGAGAUGUUGAGUCUUUUCAAGAACUUCGCUGCUAUUCCUGUUCCCCUGUCCGAGGAGGAUGGCUAUCACAUUCACCCCGACAAGAUCGCCGAGGAAAUCGCGCGUGGAACUUCAGUUAUUCUCACCUCGAACCCUCGUAACCCUACAGGACGUGUUAUUCAGAAUCCCGAACUUGCAGAGAUUCAGGACCUGUGCCGAGACAGGUGUACUUUCAUCUCCGACGAGUUCUACUCGGGAUACAACUACACCAGCAACUGCGACGGCAGCACGAUAUCGGCGGCAGAGAACGUUGACGAUGUCGACGAGGACGAUGUUCUUAUCAUUGAUGGUCUUACCAAGCGCUUCCGCUUGCCAGGAUGGAGAAUCGCCUGGAUCCUUGGACCUAAGGUCUUUUACACUGUCUUCACUCCUGAUGGAGAACCUGCGGUUAUUCGUCAAAUAUCGCAGGCUAUCGCGAGUAUCGGUUCAUGCGGUUCUUACCUCGACGGUGGUGCUAGUCAUCCUUUCCAGGAGGCUGCUAUCCCUAUGCUCGAGCCUGAUCUCGUCAAGAAUGAGAUGAUUCACCUCCAAGCUCACUUCAGAGACAAGCGAGAUUACGUUGUUCGACGUCUUCGUGAAAUGGGCUUCAUCAUUAAGUAUGUGCCUGACUCAACCUUUUACCUCUGGCUCAACCUCGAGGGUCUUCCUGAGUCCAUCUCCGACGGUCUCAACUUCUUCCAGGCCUGUCUUGCUGAGAAGGUCAUCGUGGUCCCUGGUAUCUUCUUCGAUCUUAACCCUUCGCGCCGCCGUGAUCUUUUCGACAGCCCCUGCCAUCACUUCGUCCGUCUGAGCUACGGACCUCGCAUGGAUGUGCUCAAGAUGGGAAUGGAUGCCAUUGAGAAGGUUGUUCAGAAGCACCGUAAGAUGAACUAG